GCGACAGUCGGGCGUCGAGAGGCGGAAUAUCCUCCCGCGCGCGCUCGGAGGCGGAGUGACGGACAGACGGACGCGCUUCAUCAUAUAAAAGGGAAGCGGAGCGUCGCGCGUCACCAACUCUUGCGCGGAGCCGCUCGCCGGUACAGCACCGACCAUGAACACCGGCAGGGCGCUGAAGAACGCGCUCGUGUGUCUGCUCAUUCUCCCGCGGUUUCUGGUCGCCGCCUUCAUGCUGUGGUGUCUGGAUUUCCUGUGCGUGCGGAAGAGAGUUCUGGUCCACCUGCAGGAGCGCGCGGAGGAGGAAGAGGAGGACGCGGAGGAGGAAGAGGAGCCGCUCUGCAUCUCCGACAGCAGCCGCAUGUUCAGCUGGGAGUCUCUGAAAGCCGUGUUCCACGGACACAAGCUGGACUACAUGAAGAGCGCGCGCCUCGGACACGCGGCGCCCGACAGCGAGGUGUUCCCGCUGGCGGAGCCGCGGCGCGGGCGCGUGCUGGAGUUUGCGCGCGGUCACCGGCCGCUGGUGCUGAGCUUCGGGAGCUGCAGCUGACCGCCGUUCAUGAGGCGUCUGAAGGCGUUCCGGAGGCUCGUGCUGCGCUACGCGGACGUGGCGGACGCGCUGCUGAUCUACAUCGAGGAGGCGCACCCGAGCGACGGCUGGCGGAGCUCCGACGCGCCGCAUCAGAUCCGCCGCCACCGCAGUCUGGAGGAGCGGCUGAGCGCGGCGCGGCUGAUGGAGCGCGAGGCGCCGGGCUGCGCGGUGGUGGCGGACGGCAUGGAGAACGCGGCCAACAGCGCGUACGGAGCUUACUUCGACAGACUGUACAUCGUGCAGGACGGGAGGGUGGUGUACCAGGGCGGCCGCGGACCCGAGGGAUUCCGCAUCUCCGAGCUCCGACACUGGCUGGACCGGUACCGCGAGCGGCUGCGCGACGCCGUCAUCCCGGUGUAAAAGUGGAGCAGGACUGGCUGCCUCUCCACCUGUCUGCGCGUGUGUGCGUGUUGUUCGCACCUGUAUUCUCCGUGAAGGUCGGUCUUUAAAGCGGUGACUCCAGCAGACCGACUCUGAUGUCUGAAUACGGGACGCUCGUGCACAUCUCUCCUUUAUAUCACUACAUUUUAUAAUAAAAGCCCUUUGAUCAG